AACUAUAUCACCAAUAUCCCAGAGACCAUUGUACCGGGGGAACCCCAGAGAGGUUUAGGCAUUUCGCUUUUUUGUUCCUUCGGUGUUUCCCCGGGCUUGCGCACUGGGCGUCAGCACUGCUGACGAUAAAUAGAAUGCUAGGCCCACGCAGGCAGAUCUUUUUUCAAGAUUCUACAACGGAAUUCUCGGUGUUAGGUUCUUCUCAGGUCUUCGUAUCGUGUGUGUGCAGCCUAGCUAUCUCUACGCUCACUGCCUCCGGGACCGCUGUUACGAGCUCACUAGUCACUCCCAUACACACCAAACAUUAAAACAUCCUAAUGAAAAUCAUCCUAACAGGAACAACCGGCUUCAUCGGCCAAGAAGUCCUCGCCCAAUGCCUCUCCAACCCAUCCAUCACCUCCCUCGUCGCUCUCACCAGGCGCGACUCCCACUAUCACUACCCCUCAACAGUCAGCAAACUGCACGUCCAUCUCAUGCAGGACGGUGAUUUCCUGUCAUACUCAGAUCCAGAGCUUAUAAAGGCUAUCCAGGGUGCAGACGCUUGUAUCUGGUCGCUAGGCAUCGUCCCAUCACAGGCGAAGAAGGAUGAGGAGUUGAACCGGCGAGUUAGUGUCGAUUAUACCGUUGCUGCUGCGAAGGCUUUUCAGGAGGCGUUUGGUUUUUCGGAGGUGAAUUCAGACGCAAACAUGAUCAACCCUGCUAGAAAUAAACGAUUCCGGUUUGUCUAUGUGAGUGGGUUUUUGGCGGAACGGGAUCAGUCUAAGUCCUUGUGGUUCGCCCAGGAUCUUAGGCGGAUACGGGGGGAGUCUGAAAAUGUCCUCAUCGCCCAUGGAAAAAGCCAUCCUGGUGCCUUCGAGUACUACAUCCUGCGUCCUGGGAUGGUGUUGACUAAGAACAACACCUGGGUCGACGUGAUUAGAGGUCUCGCACCCUCUGUCCGUGUGGAUGUGAUUGCUCGAGCAAUGAUCAAGGCCGCUGUUCAUGGGGAUCAGAAAAGGAUGAUUGAAAAUGCGGAUAUUAGUCGGUUGGCAGGAUGAUACUCUGUUAGGAUACAGUAAUACAUCAUGAGUUUCAAGGCAGUAACUAAUCC